CCUUACUUCACUUCUUUUAUUAGAUAGGUUAUGUUUUGUGGUUGUCUGGAAAAUGUUUACUUUGCGUAAAAACAUUAUUUUUAUGAAUAUUUAAGAACUAUAACUUAUAGGACUAAUAUUAAGUGAAUCUAUUUAUAUUAAAUUGCUAAAGAAUUCAUUAAUAUGGAAGGAGACGACGAAAAUUCUGUGGUUGAAUGGUUUAAUGAAGCUAGUUCAUGUACAGACGGUCAGGAAAAACUUAAAUUAUUUUGUAAAAUACAGGAGUUUUUAAUUCACAGGCAUCCCAAUUUAUUACCCAAAUAUUUGCAAAAUGUAUUGAAUUUUACUACUGAUAAAAAUCAGGAUAUUAAGAAAGCACUCGUCGGUUUUAUUGAGGAACUAUGCAAGGUUCGUGAAUCAUUAUUACCAAAAGUAAUGUUAAGUUUACAUUUACUGUUAUGUGAUGAAUCUAUAACUGUGCAGAAGAGGGUUAUACAAGCUGCCAUAACAAUUUAUAGAAAAACUUUAGCAUGGCUAUGCAGAGCCACUAAUAGUACAGAUGAAAUGGAAGCUGCCUGGAAACAACUAAACACAAUCAAAUUGGAAAUAGCCAACAUGAUUGAUAGUGACAAUGAUGGCAUCCGUACUAGCUCUGUGAAAUUUCUGGAGUGUGUUAUUUUGCUGCAAACCUAUCCUGAUGAAGUGGAUAAUAAGAGGGAAAAUGAUUUUUCUCUAGAUGAUGUUCCACUGACUUUAAAAAUCGCCAGAAGGAGGAAGUUGGAGGAAGAAGCAAGUAAUCUAUUUGAAGUGCUGGUGAAAUUUCACGGUUCCCCUCACAUCAGUAGUGCCAAUUUAUUGGCUUGCAUAGGAGUGCUAAGAAAUUUAGCCAAAGUAAGAGCAGAAUUCAUGGGUAGAGUUGUAGGUGCUAUAGAAUCUUUGUACAACAACCUACCACCAACCUUGAGUACCACCCAAGUGAAUGCUGUCAAGAAGAAGUUGAAAUCUGAACUUUUGGGGCUUAUUAAGCAUCCUGCUGCCUUUGAUUACGUUGGCAAAAUAACGCCAAUACUUCUAGAGUUGGGUUGUAGCCAAUCCGAUAUUACCAAGGCUACAUCGAAACCCGAGGAUAGAAAGAAGUACACCAAAAGAACGCUUUCAGCUGAGUCUUCGGUUCAGUCGGCUGCUAAGAAACCCAAGUUGGACACCAACUAUGAUUAUGAAGAUGCCAAUGAAAUAGGGGUGGCUUUGACGCCCAUAGAAACCAAUGAGCAGUUUGUGAAUGAGAAUUUAAGUGUGGAUAAGGCUGUGUAUCUCAUGAUGACGUCGAUUCCAAAGUUACCCAGUACAAUGCCACAGGAUUUUGCCAAAGUCUACAACAAAUACGUGCAUAGUGGCAGAAUAGGAAAGGCGCAUUGCGUGCACUUACUGGCAAAACAACUUUUGGACAACAGGUUGGGACCCGGAGGAAAGAUGGAGCCACCUCCACAAAAAGAAAAAGAACCGGAAGUCAUUAGCAAAAAACGCGAGCGAGAAGUAGACGAGGAAGAUAAACAGCUGGAAAAAGAGAAAGAGAAGGUGGCAAAGAAAGAAAAAGUUAAAGUUGUGAAAAUUAAAACUCUAAAACUAUCCGAAAUCACCAAACCAAUGGACAAGGAAACCAAGGAGAAUCUGUUGAUUGCUUCCGUUAAAAGAAUGCUGUUGAGCGAAAAAUUCGCGUUGAAGAGUGUCUAUCAAAAGGUUGUCACCACUUUUGCUGCAAGUUUUAGCCCAGUUGUCAGGGAUACCGUUCUAAGUCACUUGUUGGCUGAUCUUAGAUCCAAUGUGGAUUUGGCUUUGUCAUUGCUGUUUGAAGAAUAUAGCAUCAUGCAGGGUUUCGCAAGGGUUCCACCUCUUAGAAAAGGCUCGAGGCCAGAUCAAAGCUACAAUAAACUCCUUUGCAUUUUCAUAUCAUCAUCGACACACGACGCUCUAAUAAUCUCGCGGUUACUACUGGAAGCCCCUCUAAUAACAGAAGAAGCCAUGUUGCAAAUAAAAGAGAUAUGUCGAGACGAAAACAAAAGCGGAUGGGCUCUAGGUCUACUCCGCGACUUAACCUUGAGAAAACCGCCUAAACAAUUAACCUUUUUGAACGCCUUACUCUCAUACACCACUUAUGAUUCUCCGGUGGUAAGGGAGAACGCUAUUGGGCAUGUCUUGGACUUGCACAAGAGACCGGAGUUGAGCAUGAUAAUCGAGGAGUUCGCCAGGAUGAACCUGGAGUUCCUCAAGCUGCAGAGACCGCCGGACUCCUUGAGCGGCCACGACCAGGGCCGGCUCAAGGCCGAAUCGUGGGGCGACGAUUACAUCAAGGCCUGCUUGGUGCCUUACGUGUCUCUCCUACCGGCAAACGAAAGCCUUGUGCACGAUCUCGCGAAAAUUUACAUAGCGACCAAUGCUGACAUAAAGAGGGUCAUUUUGAGGUUGAUCGAGGGGCCCGUCAAAUCCAUGGGGAUGGAGUCUCCGGAGCUGCUGAAGCUGGUCGAAGAGUGCCCGAAGGGAUCCGAAACUCUGGUGACCAGAGUUAUACACAUUUUGACGGAUAAAGCGCCCCCUAGCUCCCAAUUGGUGCAACGCGUUAGGGAGUUGUACAACACCAGGGUUUCGGAUGUUAGAUUCCUAAUCCCUGUAUUGAACGGGUUAAGCAGGAAGGAGGUUAUUUCAGCGUUGCCGAAGUUGAUAAAGUUGAACCCUAUCGUGGUUAAAGAGGUUUUUAAUAGAUUGUUGGGGCAACACGGCGAGAGUCCAAUAACACCAACGGAGUUGCUUGUGUCUUUGCAUCUAAUUGAUGCCAGUAAAGCGGAUUUGAAGACUGUUAUAAAAGCUACGUCCAUGUGUUUGCAAGAAAAACAGGUUUUCACUCAAGAAGUAUUGGCUGUGGUCCUACAACAACUCAUGGAACAAACUCCUUUACCAACUUUGUUAAUGAGAACGGUUAUACAAGCUUUAGGUAGCUACCCUAGGCUAUCUGGAUUUGUAAUGAACAUACUACAAAGAUUAAUACUAAAACAGGUGUGGAAAAACAAGGUUGUCUGGGAAGGUUUCGUGAAGUGCUGUCAAAGAACCAUACCUCAAAGUUUUACCGUUCUGAUGCAACUUCCACCACUCCAACUCACCGACGCUAUUAAGAUGAGUGCUGAUUUAAAAGACCCUCUUAAAGAGCAUUUACUGCAGUUUACUGAGGCACAAAGAGCUCACAUUCCAGCGGCCGUGCAGGAAAUCGUUUUGGGCACGUACAAACCUCAGCCCGUCCCUGCACCUUUGCCCGCCGAAAUGCCUGCAUCUCAACCGGAUUUUGCUGUUAUAACAUCUCCGCCACCUGUUAGCGUGGCUGUCUUGGGUUCCGAACCCCUCCCCCCUGGAAUGGAAUAACAAAAUAAAAUAUCUUUUGUAUGAAUAG